CCAUUCCUUACUACAUCGAUAUCACCACCCAAAUUCAAAUCCAAAUAUGCUUCUCUUUCGUCUCCUUCUUUGUCCUCCAUUUCUUCUUCCCUCCUCCUAUUCCUUCUCACUCUUUCUUCCUCGUUCCCAUCACCAACAACAAUGGCAGAAUCCCCAUCACCCACAUUUAUAUUCACCAUUUUUCUUCUCUUAAACCUCUCUUUUCCUCUCAUUACUUCCCUCAACUCAGAUGGUCUUUCACUUUUAGCACUCAAAUCCGCCAUUACUUUUGACCCAACUCGUUUUCUUUCCUCAUGGUCCGAGUCUGACUCAACCCCGUGUCACUGGCAUGGUAUUCACUGCACGGGUGGCCGAGUCACUGAUAUUUCACUCAGUGACAAAUCUUUGACGGGUUAUAUACCUUCUGAACUAGGUGCUAUUCUCUCUCUUCGUCGGAUAUCUCUCUCUAAUAAUAAUUUUUCAAGCACUAUUCCACCUCAUUUAUUCAAUGCUACGUCUCUUACUUUUCUUGACCUUUCUCAUAAUGCUCUUUCGGGUCCUAUUCCGAACCGAAUAUCCUCCCUUUUGGGGUUACGGUUCUUGGAUCUUUCCUCGAAUUUGCUUAAUGGGUCACUCCCUAGUGGGCUAAGUGAGCUCACCCAACUUGAAGGGACGCUUAAUUUGUCGUGUAAUCACUUUUCCGGUGAGGUUCCGGCGAGUUUUGGGAGGUUUCCAGUCAUGGUUAGUUUGGAUCUUCGUCAUAAUAAUUUAACUGGGAAGAUUCCUCAGGUUGGGUCGUUAUUGAAUCAGGGGCCCACUGCAUUUGCUGGGAACCCUAAUUUAUGCGGGUUUCCGUUGAAUUCGUUGUGCCCUGAAGCUCAAAACCCUAAUGUAAUUCCUGCAAAUCCUCAAAAUGGGGGAAAUUUUGAAAACCCUAAUUUGGGUAGUGUUGGUGUAGAAAAAAGGGAAAAAAGGGCGAUUUCAAUUUCGUUGAUUUCAGGGGUUUUCGGGGUUUUAAUUUGUGGGAGUAUUGUGGUUUGUUUGGUUGUAGUAAGGAAAAAGUUCAGAAUGAAAGAGGGUGAAAUGGGGAAUAAAAACAACGUCGAUGACAAAUUUGGGAAAGUGGAGGCGGUGAGUCACGUGAGCGCGGUGUUUGGAGAGGAGGAGGAUGAAGGGCAUAAGAGUAAAUUUGUGGUGGUGGACGAAGAAGGUUUUGGGUUGGAAUUAGAGGAUUUGUUGAGAGCUUCAGCUUAUGUAGUGGGGAAGAGUAGGAGUGGGAUAGUUUACAAAGUGGUGGUUGGUGGUCGGAAAGGAUUGGGUGUGGUUCCGCCUACAGUUGUUGCUGUGAGGAGGUUGAGCGAGGCAGAUGAUGCUGCAUGGCGGCUUAGGGAUUUCGAGGCUGAGAUGGAGGCUAUUGGUAGGGUUCAACAUCCUAACAUAGUAAGGUUAAGGGCUUAUUACUAUGCUCCGGAUGAGAAGCUCUUGGUUUCGGAUUUUAUCCGUAAUGGCAGCUUGUACACUGCUCUGCAUGGACCUUCGGGUGAUUUGCCACCCUUAUCAUGGGCUUCGAGGAUAAAAAUUGCACAAGGCGCAGCCAGGGGUCUGAUGCACAUUCAUGAGUGCAGCCCAAGAAAAUACGUUCAUGGAAACAUCAAAUCAUCAAAAAUUCUACUUGACGAUGACUUUAAUCCGUACAUAUGUGGGUUUGGUCUCAACCGUCUCCAAUGCGGGCGUUCUAAAUCGGCAAACACCCACUCAAGAAGGCCCAGUCUAAACCAUUCAUUCUUAACAAGCUCUAAAGUCAUGGUUCCUUGUACAGUUGCCUAUUCAGCCCCUGAAGUCCAAAAUAGUGGUGCCAAGCUCACUCAAAAGUGUGAUGUGUACUCAUUUGGAAUAGUACUAAUGGAGUUAUUAACGGGUCAGCUACCAAAUGGCGGGCCUGACAACGAUGGAAAAGGACUAGAAAUUCUAGUGAGGAAAGUUUUCGGGGAAGAGAGACCUCUAUCAGAGAUUAUAGACCCAGCAUUGCUGCACGAAGUUUAUGCGAAAAAACAGGUGUUGGCCACAUUUCACAUCGCUCUUAACUGUACGGAGAUGGACCCUGAACUGAGGCCGAGGAUGAGAACUGUUUCCGAGAGCCUUGAUCGCCUAAAAUUUCAAUGAGAAGGAAAACAGGAGUAAUCUACGUUGGUUGCUACUUGCUACUAGGAAGAGCGAAGAAGUUGAAGGAAUCAUUUUGCAACGUAUUGGUUCCUCGAUGAUCAUUUUUUUGUUUUGUCGUGUUAUCGACUUUGUAAGUAGGCUUGCACGCGAGUGCAUUUAAUCGAUAAUGACUCAUUAUCUUGCCUGUUAUUUGAAUUGUCUUCAUUUUCAUGUUAAAGUUGAUUUACAUUGGAAAAUAUAGCAAACUGAGUGAGACCAGUACCGUAAUGGUGUUUCAUA